GGAAAAUCUAGUCAUCCCAAAAACUGUAUAUUAUUAACAUAGUUUAUGUAAAAGUAAUUUGAUGUUCUUCUCAAUACCCUCACUUUAAGGAAUUUUGGUGUUGCAAUAGAAGAUGGACAUCCUCUGGACCUAUGGAUUUCUGCUGAUGGGAAUCUUCCGCUGUACGACUGCCGUGGUCUGCAGAGGUAUAACAAAUAUUUAUUUUUUAUCAGGGAAAAUGAAGCAAUCUGAUUGGCUGAGAGCCUUUCAGAGCGGGCCGGUUUCUUGCAUCCGGCCCACUCUGAAACGCAACUGCCCGCUGUGAAAUGCAACUGCCCGCUCUGGAUUUCGCGCCAAAAACCGAGGAGUGUGAACAAUUUUUAAACGAAAAAAUCAGCCAAAAACGUUUGAAAAACAUAGCCUAACCUGGCCUAACGAUAGUCAGAAUACGAAAAUGAAUUGCAUCAAGCCCGAAAGACUUCAUACUAAGCACGAUGUUCACCAGAAUUGUCAAUAUUUUGAUAGAAAUGUGCGAGGAAAUGUGACUGAAAGUCGGAAAGUUUAUAAUUAUUUGACAUGAAUAAAACUUACGUCGAGAAAACUACAUAUCUGUUUUUAAAUACUCAUGUAUUCGGCCACUUAAAAGCGAAAAAAUUACAGCUUAAACAGAAAUUGUAAAAUAAAAGUUUUCCCAUUUAAAAGAAGGUUUAACUGCAGCAGUAAAAACAAGUCACGAAUAUAUUCUCUACCCAUUUGUGUCAUGCAUUUUUCACUGAUAUAAAUAUUGUAAACAAAGUAAAAGUUUGUGUUAAAAAACACUUUUUUCAAGCAUAUUAUCCUGAGACGAGAAGUAAAAAAUACAAAACUAUAAAAACAACAUACCUUUCUCAUUGUCCUUUUAGUAGAAAAACGAUGAUUAAAUCAAAACAGAUUCAUUUUUAUAUGUUUUUGAUCGGUACUGAACAUAAACCUGUCGUUGUUAGGACUCCGGAGCAACUGACUUUGUCAAAGCCAAAGCCAAAACGCCGGGCAUAAAAGUUUUUAUUCCAAAGCUUCUCUGCUAUCAGAUUUAUGAAAAAAGCAUGUACAUUUUUGCUGAAAUAUACGUCUUUUUGUGUGUUUCUUGCCAGUUUUCUCGAGUUUUCGUAUUCGUGUUUUUAUAUCUUUCAACUUUUCAAUUUUAAUUUGUCAGCCCCGCUUUGAAAAUACACAACUACACUGAUCUCAAAUUAGUUCGCAAGCAACACUGGAAUUUUAAUUUUUACAUCUGAUAAAAAAUAAACACGUUAUUUACCGGCAGCGUCGGUCCUGAUGAGAAAAACUGUGCCCUCGGUCUUGAAAACGUCCCUCGCCCUUCGGGCUCGGGCCGUUUUCAAGACCUCGGGCACAGUUUUUCUCCUCCGGACCUCGCAGCCGGUAAAUAACAUAUAUAUAUUUCCAGUUCUUUUGAACUUGCACGCAAGUAUUACAGAUGUAUUGUUCAAGUUCUGUACCGAGUACUGUGUUCAUUGUGUUUAUGAUUCUGAAAAGUGCAGCAGAAUACAAGCAUGAAGCGUGAUAUUGCAAACACGGACGGCUUUUUAUACAACAUCACACUUCAAGGCUAAUUUCCAUUCCGGAAAAUAAGAAGCAGAUCGGACCGGAUCGGAGGCGAUAUCCAAUAAAGGGACAUGUGGAAUGAUCUGAUCGGUAAAGGAAAAAAUGGAGUUCGUCCCAGUGUCAGAAAUUACCAAUGUACUUAUUACAAAAUAGCAGCGGCUCUGAACAAGCGUAUACUUUGUCUUGUUACGUCCUUGCUUUUCCUUCGCUGGAAGGAGAAGAACAUAAGAAAAAUACAAAAAGAGCAUUUGAUAAGAAAAUUUUUUCGGAAAAGUGAAUAUUCCACUUAAUGACGGAAGAGUUAAAGCUAUACGAUGUGCCAAAGAUUGCUGUCCCAAAGUAGAUGUUGUACUCUCCAGUUCUUGUAAAUUCUCCAAGAAAGCUCUUGAAUUAUCCUCCUUUUUGUAAAUUUUAUACAGGUAUUAUUUAAUACGGCAUUUUGAUUGUUCGCCAGGUUUAAUCCGCCGCACCGAACAAAAAAAAGUUGAAAAUAUUUUAACUCUUUAUUAUCUGGCCAGCAACGUCCCCGGAUCAAUAGGAACCAAAUUUUCUACUGAUGGCGCAGGAGCGGAUUUUGUUUUGUUCCGAUCCAGUCCGAUCUGCUGCUUAUUUUCCGGAGUGAAAAUUAGUCUUCAGGUAACUUUUGCUAUUUACUUUUUUUCAGUAAUAUAUUUUCCAUUAAUUCAUGGAAAAUAUAUGUUAUUAUAAUUAUAAACAGCUACGGGAUAUAAGCUAUUCUGCAAUCUGAUUCGCUCUCUACUAGUAGGCUAGGAUAUUAGCUCAUAUCCUGGUUGUGAAGAAAACAUGAUGGCGGCCCAAGAGGAGAAAACAAAAAAUUAUUCGUUCUUAUAGCUUUAACGGCAAUAAAAACACAAUGAAAAACUACCAUGUUUAAUAUUUUUUAGACAAGACAGGUGCUUCUUGACAUUACUUUUUUACUUCUAUAAAGAGUGUUUGCUUUUAAAUCAGUUUUGUCAAAAAAUUAUUCUGAUAUCUGCCCAUGAUUUCAUCUUCGGCAUUAUUUUUACCAAAAAUAUAUUUGUAAAAAGUAUUUGUUAACCUGCAAACAGUUGCUUAAAAAUGUCAUGUUUUAGCAAAGUUUAAUUCAAGUACUGAUUUAAAAAACGAACAUGUAGCAGGUUUAUAGCUAAUGAUAUAAGUUGUGUGAAUUGCCAAAAGUUAAUUACAAAAUUUAAUUUAACUAGUAAGAAACUUUUGCAUACCAUUCAUAGGAAAGACUUGAACACAAAAACGGAUAAAAUUGGUAUCCGUACCACUUUUUUGGUUCUUGGACUACCUAUAUUUUGAGCCCCAUUUACACUACGCUCGAUUUUUGGUACCGUACCACCUUUUUGGUUCUUGGACUACCUAAACCAAAAAAGUGGUACGGGUACCAAUUUUAUCAGUACGGUACCAAAAAUUGAGCGUAGCGUAAACGGAGCAUAAAUAAUAACACAAAGUCAUACAUAAACAAUUGGAACAAACUUGCCUUAUACUUCAGAAUUUCUCAUACUAAAUCAAUCAUUAAUGUUUACGUUUAAAAAUUGAAAAGAAGUUAUACAAUUUGUUAUGUGAAACGAUUUUCCAAGCUUGCUAACAUGUUUUUUAUAUUUUUGACUCCUUCACUCCUGGAAAACAGCCAUAUUUUGAGAUCAGUGAGAUGACCACCCAUACGACCUUGCGUCAGCGAUAUUUGAUGAACUUUAGACAUCGCUAGCGUGUUCCAUUCCACGGGUGUAAAUAUCCGGGCCGAAUUAGUACCCUCGCCCCGGGCUUACCCCCGGAACGGCGCGGAGCGCCGUUGGCUCGGGGAUUAUUGGUUUAUUUUGGUCACAUGGAUGGUGAUACUGAAUACCUAGUGAAAUAUAUUGACUGGAUCAAAAUUUAGUUUAAUUUAUUCCCAAGACUGGAUCAAAAUGAGGGUCACCUGUCUAAAAGUACACACGAGUGACCGCGAGUGAGCACGAGUAACCGCGAGUAAUUACUGUAUUUAAAAAUCAUAAAAAUAAUAAGAAAAAAAAUUUAAACAUUAUUUAUUUACAAAUUAUUGAAAAGCGUUGCCCGGGUAUUGGAUACGGGUCUCUUUUCCAGAGACGCGUAUCCAAUACCCGGCCGUUACCCCACAUACUAAAUAAUAUUAACGUUUAUUGACCGUGUUUAUAGACAGCAAUUAGAGCUGGUAAUUAAUGCGGCCAAAAAUACAAUUACAAGUACGGAAUAUUGUAUUACGUAAACAGCAACUUGAUAUUACGUUAAAAGACAAGGCUAUUUAUUUCUCACCAAUGGGAAUUUUGCGUACAUUUCUUACGCAUUUUUAUUGACUUUAGUUGCAGGCUCUAUUUCAAGCUUUGAGCCUGACACGCAGAGCCGUAGUGAGAGGGGAAAGGGGGUGCGGGGGGAGGGGAGGUAACGCCCCUGAUAAAUUGUUCAUGAGCAAUUUGAGGUAGAUUUCAAGUAGAUGUUCAGGUAAAUUCAGGUAAAUUUGAAGAAGAUGUUCGGGUAAAUUUCCGUAAAUUCAGGUAAUUCUUAGGGCAAUAGAGAGUUAAAUUUAAAAAAAAAUGACUUUGAAUGGAUGAAAAAUUCAGGUAGUUGUGUUAGGAAAAAUUUAUUAUGUCGGGAAAAAUUUUGAGUUUUCUCGGAAAAAUUAUGAUAAGUCCGAAAAAAAUGUUUUCAAUAUUCGAAAAAAUUGUGAUAUUUCUGGAAAAAAUUUUUGAUGUUCAGGAAAAAGUUAAGAUAUGUCCGGGAAAAUUUUUGUACCGUAAAAAUGGUACACUGUCCGAAAUAUUUUGUCGACGGGGGGAGGGGGAGGGGGGCGGUGGAGGUCGCAAACAUUUUUGGGGAAUAAAAUAAAUUAAUAAUAAAAAACAUUUUCAGGUAAAAUUUAGAAUUUUGAUAAUUUCAGGUAAGUAUGACCAAACAACCCCCCCCCCCUGACUCCUCGCGACGGCAUGCUGACGCACAGGCUAAUCCGGUCGGUAAAGAGACCCAUAUCUAAUACGCGGGCAACGCUUUUCAAUAAUUUGUUAAUGAAUAUUGUUUAAAAUAGUUUUUAUUAUUUUUUUACGAUUUUUAAACAUGCACAGAAAUCAACCGUGGUCAUUCGUAGUCACUCGUGUGUACUUUUCUGGUACUUUUAGACAAGAACCAAAAUGAGUACACACCUACAACUAAUAAUAUCGGAGAAUGUAAAAUUAUACGUUCUUAGCUAGUGCUGUCGCAAUUUCGACUAUAUUGAAUAUUAGCUAUAAAACUUGAGUUGAAUAGUUUGGUGAUCGUUUGGUGACCGACUAAAAUAGGCCUCUCCGAAUUCCGCUAGCAUAUUUUGCGCUGAUAAUUAAUUAUAAUUUGGCAGUUUUUACUAAUUUUUACCUCCACCCGAAGGCUAUGUUUUAUCGGCGUUUGUAUGUGUCUCUGUAUAGCAGAUGCUCUAUCCGGUCUUAGUUUUCAGAUCAGUGUUUUCAAAUGUCAAGCACCAAACGUCGUUCCUUCAGAAAUAGCUCGACAGUGAUGUUAAAACAGCAAAAACACCCGCGGUCAUGCCUUAUUUUGUUGUUGUUUCUUCAAAAUAGAACUAAGCAAUAUUUGAAUAAAAGGAGCAUAGUUUUGAAAACAAUGAGCAUAAUAUGAGUCCUUUAUUGAAAAAAGAGCGUUGCUAUGACAACACAACGCCACUUUUACAAUACUAGCACAAUCGUGAAGGCCUAAACUGAACUCUCAUGCAAUCUUAGAUAAACGAACGUAUUAGAUAUCGGCAUGAUUUUCAAGAAACGUGUUAAGAAAUGUAAAUCGUUCAAUGUCACUAAGCGAGACUAUACAAUGACAGUCGCUUAUUUUUACCCCUUCACAUUCUGAAAUUUCAAUGUUUAUUUUCAGAUGUCAUUGAAUAUUCAAUUGCAGUAAAGUUGGUUUCAAAAACAAUUUCGUACCAGCAGGCAACUUCAAAAUGCAAAUCAGAUGAAAAAGAGCUUUGCAGUUCCAAAACAAUAUGCAAAGACGGUAAAAUACCAUACCGUGGAGUUAUUCCAGGUGACCACUGGGUGCCCGUAGCUGACAGCUCCAAUGAAUGGAUACAGAUCGGUAAGCAAAGUAUAAGAAAAGUGUGAAUAACUGAGGAAAGCAGAUCUCAUUGGUUUCAAUAGUUUAAUCAGUUAUUUUGUUUUUACACUUUUAGGAAAUUCUCCACACCGACCAUGCGUUCUUCACAGUACACUAGGUUCUAAACCUUCUUGGGGAUUGAGAAAUAGUGUCCACAAUUUCAAAGGAAAUUUAUAUUGCUGCAAAAUAAAGAGGAAAGGUAAGACUUCUAGUGGGAUUCGUGGAGGGAUUGAAAAACGAAGCGGUUUGUUGCAAAGGUUAACUUAUUUCGUUUGAAAAAUGGCCUCCUUUUAUAGAAAAUACGCUGUCUGUUAAAAAUAGCGUGGAAAGUUGCAGCAAAAAUUGCUUUUUUAAAUGACCUUAGAACUUUUCUUCCAUUAGAAGAUGGGAUUACCAUAAAGGGAGCUUCAAAUAGAAUCUCCUACCAACAAGGAUUAGCAAAAUGUCAAGCUGAUAGCAAAGAGCUUUGCACCUCGAAAACGAUAUGUAAAGACAACAAAACCCCUCACAGCGGACCUCUUUCAGGAGAUCACUGGGUACCUGUAAAGGACAGCUACAACGAAUGGUUGCAAAUUGGUAAGACACAACUAUCUUUGAAGUAGUGCACUAACAGCAUAACGAAUUCUUCAUAAGUCAUAAUCAAUUGUUUUGUUAAUGCUACCAUGUUGUAUAAAACCUUGCUAUAAUACAAAAAUAACAGGCUUGUUACAAUUUAUCUAUACAUCCUUCCGGAAAAAAAGUCACUUUGGCUAUGGAAUCUCUUUUUUAUGUACGUGUAAGGUAAAGGUACAGGUAAAGCCUUAGGUUAAGCAAAGUAUAGUUUUACAGUUCUGACUGAGUACAAUCUUAAAUAAUUUACACAAAAAAUGGUGUCAUCUGAAGCUGACUUCUUAAUAAAAAAUGUCAACAAAAUAGAUUUUGUCUCCCCAUCAGCAGAUUGUUCAGUUGUUCUGCGGUAGGGGUAGCCUUGAAGGUGCCAUUAAGACAAUAAUAGGCAAUUCCAACUUUUAGUUUAUGCGUGCAGGGGAUGGUGGGAAGUAAGGUAUCACAUUGCUGAUUAUGUUGAAAAAAUAAAAAUGGUGGUCGUGUAAACACGGAGUGAUAGCUUAUACAUGUAAAUAUUGAAAUAUUUUGGUUGCGUCGGUAGUUUUUAUUAAAAUUUUUUAGCCUAAUCAGCAAUGUGAUACCUUAUUUCCCAUCAUCCCCUGCAGGCAUAAACUAAAAGCUGGAAUUGCCUAUUGGAAUAAAAACUGACCGGUAGUAUUUCUAUGUAUGAAAUUGUUAUUUACAUAUCCAAUGAUUCAUUCAAGUAUUAUUAUUGUUUGUAUAUAUGAUAUUGUACAGUAUUCAAUGGCCUGCUAGCCAUGACAACUGGUCAUGCUAUGCUAAUAAACUUGCAUUUUUUUGGACAAUGCAAAUUAUUAAAAACUUGCAUAGCAUGAGCUGGUUCCAUUGUCUAUAGCUUUACCACAAACAGUCUUCACCACUUAUAAUUAAACAAACAGAAGCAAGAAAUUAUAAGCAUUGAAGGUAUAAAACCGUCCAUGCCGAGAAAGUAGAAUAAGAAUACUUAACUGACCUUUGACUUUGUGCAAGGUGUUUUCGUAUUGAAAUUGUACUUCUCCUACCUCCUGAACAGGUGUCUUAGGGGUGCUUUACGUGCUUUUUGGAAGGUGAGAUGAGGCAGCACUUUCCUUGCGAUAAUAACUUCUAGUAUGUUUAUAGCGUGUUACUAUAUUUAAAGCGUACGAAUAUUGUUUUUCAAGUGUACAACUGACUCGCAUUUUACCAGAAGUGGGAAGCAUUUAUCCAUGCGCACAACAACAAAAACUUUUCAAACUUGUUUUACCGGUUGAGAAUUUAAUGUAUUCGUUCGUGAAUCUGGACGGCGGCUACAUGAAACGAUCGUUCGUUUGCACGCAGUGGUUUCUCCUCAUCUCAAGAACCACUGCCAGCAGGAUAAAAUUAAAUAUUUAAUAUCGGUCUUGACUGACGUGCAAAGUCCAUUCACUUUAAUUUCUUCAUUCAAAAAUUUCACUUUUCUUCAUUUAAAAAUUAUUUUCAAUCUUAACACGAGACACAUUAUGUAUUUUUGAAAUCCUUAGAAGAUUUUCUUUCGAAAGAUAGGUAUAAACAAAAUCUCCACAACAAAAAGUGGAUGAGCUUACAUAAUAUUUGUAAUGUUGUUGUCAUGUUGUAAACAACUUAAUUUUACUCAAGCAGCUGCCAAAUUGACUCCUAACUUCUAAUCUUAUCUUUGAGCAGCAAGUAUAGGAAAUUGUAAUUAAAGAACAAAUCAAUUUCGCGCAUUUAAAUAUUAUUCACACCCCAAAAUUUGGGGUGUAAAAUGACAGCCGAUGCCAGGGCCUUCUCAGCGCGAAGUCAGCGCAAAGGCCCUGAGGACGAGGUUGUAUCAGGCGGUAUAUACAAUCACGGAUAUCUCUAGUGGAACAUAUUUAGACUCUAAUUAAUUUAAACAGAUCUAGACUAACAUGCAGUGUCUCACACAAGCAUGCAUAUAAUAUAAAAUCAGUAUUAUAUUUCACAAAGCUUAAACAAUUUCUCGCGUAUUACUGUUGGAACAUCGAUCAACAAAUUACAGUGAAGCCAAUGUCACAAUUAAAACUAUUUAUCACAUUUGUGGUCUGUAUUCUCUAUUACUCUCAUGUCAAACAUAAAUUACAAAUAUGUAGUCCGACCAUAGAUAUCUUAUAUACACCAGAUAGUGCAUCUAAUUAUUUUCUACUAUUCAUUAAUUGAAGCCGUGAUUCCAGACUUAGGAUAUUCCCACGAAAUGAGAAGAUUCAUAUGAUUUCUAUAUCAUAAACUUAGUAUUCCAAAUACAUUUCUAAACUAUUCAAAUUAUGAAAGUUAUUGUUGUUGCGUGUAUCGAGAAGUUAUAGGAUUUUAACCGGUGUAGUUGUUGUACACCUUCACCGUAAAACGUAGCAAAAAUUUAAAGUAAUAUAUGUCCUCAAAUCCUUUGUUAAUUACGUCAUUUUUACUUCCCAUGGUUGCUAAAAUAUGUAGGAAAAAAAUUAUGUGGCAGAUAAAUGGCAAUUAACUCUAAACUGUUUUUACAUGCACUUUUAAGAAAUUCUCCACACCGCCCAUGCAUUCUUCACAGUACACUGGGUUCCAAAUCUUCAUGGGGAUUGAAAAAUAGUGUCCACAAUUUCAAAGGAAAUUUAUACUGCUGCAAAAUAAAGAGGAAAGGUAAGACUUGUCGUGAGAUUCGUACAGGGAUUGAAAAAUGAAACGGUUUGUUCCAAAGGUUAUUAACUGAUUUUGUUUGGAAAAAAGGCCUCCUUUUAUAAAUAAUUUGCUGUCUGUUAGAAAUAGCGUUGAAAGUUGCAGCAAAAAUUGCUUGUUCUAAAAUGACCUUAAAACUUUUCUUUCCACUAGAAGAUGGCAUUACCAUAAAGACAGCUUCGAAUAGAAUCUCCUAACAACAAGGCUUAGCAAAAUGUCAAGCUGACGGCAAAGGGCUUUGCACCUCGAAAACGAUAUGUAAGGAUAACAAAACCCCUUACAACGGACUUUUUUCAGGAGAUCACUGGGUACCUGUAGGGGACAGCUACAACGAAUGGUUGAAAAUUGGUAAGACGAAUCUAUUCUUGAGCUAAUGCACUAACAACAUUACAAGUUCCUUCAUAAAUCAAAAUCAAUUGUUUUGUUAAUGCGAGCAUGUUGCAUAAAACCCAAUCAAAGUCCUGUGAAGGACAGCUACAACGAAUGGUUACAAAUUGGUAAGACAAAACUAUUUUAGAACUAGUGCACUAACAACAUGACAAGUUACUUCAUAAAUCAUAAUCAAUUGUUGUGUUAAUGCUACCAUGUUGUAUAAAACCUUGCUAAUACUAUAAAAUAACAGGCUUGUUACAAUUUGUCAAUAAACCUUUCCGGAAAGUAUGUCACUUUGGCUAUGGAGCCUUUUAAUUUUGUCGUGUAUGUGUCAUUAGGUGAAGCCUAACAUUUCAAUCACAAAUAUAAAGCUUUAUCGCCCAAGGAGAAGUAUUUGCCGGAAGCGUGUAUCGAGAAUAUAUAACAUUUUAACCGGUGUAGUUGUUGUACACCUUCAAUGUAAAACGUUACAAGAAAUAAAACUUAUAUAUUUCCUCAAAUCCUUUGCAAAUUACGUCACUUUUACUUCCUACGGUUGCUAAAAGCUGUAGGGAAAAUUUUCUGUGGCAGAUUAAUGGCAACUCUAAACUAGCUGAGCAAACCCUGACACUCUGUUAAUACUGUACGUACUCAAAGUCGUUUAUUCUUUUCUUAGGUAAAGCUCCGCACAAACCAUGCACUUAUCACUCUCAAUUGGGAUCUAAGCCCAAGUGGGGAAUGACCACAAGUAGUCAUUCCUUCAAGGGAAUUCUGUUCUGUUGCAAGAAAUAA